UUUCCUUGUUUUGUCAGAUGCUUGAAAAGUAAUUUAAAGAGGUCCCAUUUAAAGUUCACUAAUAAAUGUCAAGAACUGUUCUCUGGGAAUUACAGUUAAACCUCGGUCAUCUAAAGGAAAAAAACUAUACAUUUUUUUAGUAAACGAAAGAUAGAAAAUUUCUGUUCUUAAGAUAAUGAAAUAAAUUCCUGACAAUAUUUUUAUUAAUACAUUCGAGAUUUAUUUUGGAAGUGUUUUUGAAGGAGACGUCAAGUUAUUAAGAAAAAGAAUGCAAACACUUAAAUUUUUGUGUGUUGCUUUCGUACUCGCAACAACUUGUGGAAGCAACAAAUUUACAGAUCUAUCAGAGAAUACUAUGGAGCCUCUAAGACAACCAUCAUCGGAGCAACUUCAGGAAUUCAUAGAUGAGGAAGAAGGGACGUUGAUGCUGCAAAAUAGCACACAAGACUAUUGUGAUUGUGGACCAAAAGGCAAAGGCUGCAAAUAUGUGGAAGGAAGGAGAGAAUGUAUAUGCAACUAUGGUUACGCCGAUUAUGAAGGCGUCUGCCAAAGAUGCAAGUGUGAAAUACCUAAUCAAAUUUGCUCUUUUCGCUGGCUUAAUCGUUAUUGUACAUGUCCGGAUGGAUACGAAGAGAGAUACCAAAGAUGUGAAAUAGUGGGGAUAAACACUGCAGUUGCGAAGAUGGCUAUAAGGAGAGACUUGGAGGAUGCGACAUAUGCAUUUGUGGAGCGAACUCAACAGAUUGCGAGUUUAAUGAAAAGGGAGAUAAAAAAUGCUGGUGUGUCGAUGGAUAUUCCGAAAUGAAAGGAAAAUGUAAAGAAUGCAGCUGUGGUGACCACGGGAAGUGUACUUUCAACGGCGAAAUCAAAACCUGCACCUGUGAUAGAGGAUAUGCAAACAAAAAUGGGAAAUGUGAAGGUCAGAAACCAUAUAAAACUAUAUAUUACCCAAAGUAAUUUUAUUGAGAAAUAAAGUAAAGGCAGAAACUUA